ACCCCAGUGGGGCCCUAAAUGCCCCUGGGGGGGCAGAUAAGCCCCCCCGUGGCUCUCGCUGCACUCAGCUGUCAAUCAACGCAUGGCCACGCCUCCGCCUCCACCACGCACCAAUCACAGCCACGCGUCGCUCAGUGGGCGUGGCCUCAACUAGACCCGCCCCCUUCCUCUUUCUUGUCCCAGCUCUGCGCAUGCGCAGUUCCGUAGCUCCGCACCCCCUCCCUCCGCAGUAGUACUUCCGGUGGGUCAGUUUGUACUUCGGGGGGGGUCCGUUUGUACUUCCGGGGGUCAGGGUUCCUACUUCCGGGUUGCCCGCUGCGGCGGUGCCUGGUGGCCGCCAUGUUUACUCUGUUCCCUUCGCUCCUUCCUCGCCUGACCGAACCGCUGUGGUUCAACUUGGACCGGCCGAGCGUGGACGAGACGGAACUGCAGCAGCAGGAGCAGCAGCACCAGGCCUGGCACUACGACGAGGAGGAGGAAGAGGACGAUGAGGACGACGAAGACAGCGAAGAGGACUCGGAGGACGACGAGGACAUGCAGGAUAUGGAUGAGAUGAACGACUACAACGAGUCUCCUGACGACGGGGAGAUCAACGAGGUGGAUAUGGAGGGGGCAGAGCAGGACCAGGACCAGUGGAUGAUCUGAUCCCAGCAGGACGGGAACCAGAGUUAAGUGAGAUGGGGAUGGAGCCCCCAUGGCUCUGACUGGGACCAGAGAACAGCACCCCACAAUGGGCUCAGCACCCCACA